AAACAGCUGGCUGAGCACCAGGGCUGCAUUAUUGUUUGUUAGUUUUGCUGUUUGGUUUUUAACAAAUUUCCUGAUUUUCCCUGAAAACUCUCUCUUAUAUAAACAAAUCAAGUGCAAAAUGCUUAAUCCAUAACACAUUUCCUGCGGAACCAAGUUCAUCUGGGCUGCACCUGCGCAGGCGUGUGAAAUGCUCAUCACUUCCUCUGGGCCUUUUCAAUCGUAACUUUCGAACUCUUUCGGGGAUCGGGCGGAAAUGUUGGCUCCCCUGGGCUUCAGCUGUCCGCGGUGUUUGCUGCUGAGACGUGGCGCCGAGCGUUGGGCCUCCUUGGCCCGCCAAUUGUCGGCCAGCAGCUCCCAGGAUGACGCCAGCAAGGAUGCGGCCGCCCAGGAAGCAGCGAGUGGCUGUGCUGACACAACGACGGCCAAGGAUACUGCCAAAGCCAAAGAUAGAACCAGCAAGGGGAGAAAGCGGCUCCGAAACAUAGAGAUACCACCCGAACCCACCACCUGCUGCAUGUCGGGAUGCGCCAACUGCGUUUGGCUGGACUACGCACAGACGCUGGCCAAGCUGCUGGGCGACAACGAUGAGGAGGCGCGCGAGAUUGUGCUGAGCAAGAUCACCGACCCGAACCUGAAGAUGUUCCUCAGCCUGGAGCUGCGCCAGAUGGCGAGGCAGCGGGAGGAGAAGGCGGCGGCGGAGAAGGCAGCGAAGCAGGGAAAGCCAAAGACACCGCCCUCACCGUAGUACAAAUCUCUACUCCCCCUUGUCUAAAUAUAUAUCUAGUUAGGACCAAAUUCGUAGUAGCUCAAAUUUACUCUUGUACUUAGUGUGUAAGAACUGAGAAACCUCACAAUAAAUAUGUAAGACGCUAAA